ACAAAUACCUAGUUGAAAAUAACAUGUUUUUGUUUCUGAAAGACGAGGGCAGACGGCGAUCAUGGAUCACCGCUAUGUGAAGGGAGGUUAAAAAUAUAUUUAUAAAAAAAGGGAGUUAUUUAUAUAUUUAGUUAUUGUUACGCUAUGAUUUGAGGUAAUAUUUUACGUUUUGUUUAUUUUGCUUGUUAUCAGAAAUAAACUACUCUAAAAGUCGUUAUUGAUUCUUUGCUAAAUGUCCCGGAAGUUACGUUUGCUUCACAAUAGCCGUUUGUUUAAAUGUUUUUACUGUACUGAAGCCUUAUGGAUGGAUGUGAGUUUUAUGGGAAUGACUGAUAGGAUCAGAUGGGGGCAUUGCAGAAGGGGGGCAGUGGCAGUGUACUUAACCCUUAGUAAUAGUAUUCCUGUAAAAAGCUAAAAAAAAAACGCCUAAAAAGGACACUAAUUGUACGUGCUGUGUUGAUAGUAUCUUGUUUAAAUCAGUCGAAUAUCAAAAAAUCUCAGCAUUCCAAAGAUAUGCGACAUGUUUAACGUUAGCUUUUUUGUUUUUGAGUUGUGGUAUCAUGAGUUUACUGUCAAAGCAUGCAAUUUUCCGCCCACGGAAUCCUGAAAUCCUGGAAGUGAGUGAGAGAGAAAAAAAGUAUAAAUGUCGCGACAGAAUAAACCGUUUCUUUAGAAACACACAGUAGCUGUUCCUCUCAGUACCUACGCGCGUGCGGAGGUUUGCCCGCAACACCUGGAUUUAGGUCCAAACGCGAACGCUUAAAAAUAUAAAUUCGUCACAUCAAAGUGCUGCAUUGCCAUGUCCUAUUUCAGGAUGUUAUUGUCAUUGCGUAUACUUCUCCUGUGGGUUGUUUUAGCCCAGCUUUCCUUGGCUCACGCGCAUCUUGCAGAGACUAAACAAGGUCACACAGUACUAUCACGUGAGGAUGAUGAUAAGUCAUCAGAAGACAACAAUCCGUCAAGCAGCCAGAAACUCUUACCAAUGGCACCUCAAUGGGCCCGACCUGAAAAGAUGACAGAAAAGCCUUAUGCUGUACCAGCCAGCAAAACAGUGAAAUUCCGAUGUCAGGCCGAGGGAAACCCCGUUCCAAAGCUGCGCUGGCUCAAGAACGGAAAGGAGUUCAAAAGGGACCAGCGCAUUGGGGGUUACAAGCUAAGGGAACACUUGUGGACCAUAAUCAUGGAGUCGGUGGUCCCCUCAGACAAAGGCAACUACACCUGCCUGGUGGAAAAUAAAUAUGGAAGCAUAAAUCACACUUAUCAGCUUGAUGUAGUCGAGCGAUCUCCACACAGGCCAAUCCUACACGCAGGUCUGCCAGAAAACCAGACCGCUGUCGUGGGUAGUGACGUGAAGUUUGAAUGUAAAGUGUAUGGCGACCAUGACCAGCGGCCUCACAUACAGUGGCUCAAACAUAUCAUAGUCAGGGGAAGCCGGGUCGGACCUGACGGACUCCCUUAUGUCCGAGUUCUGAAGACUGGUGCCCUUAACACCACAGACAACGAUAUGGAGGUGCUCCUGUUGAGGAAUGUGUCCUUUGAGGAUGCUGGGGAGUACACUUGCUUAGCGGGCAAUUCUGUCAGGAUCUCUUAUCAAACGGCAUGGUUGACCGUCAUCAAAGGUUACACAGUACCAUCAUCUGAGGACAAGGAUGAGUCAAGCAGCCAGAAGUGCUUGCUUUAUGUGUUAGAAGCAGGAAAAACGGGCAAGCGUAAGGAUCUGAGCGACUUUGACAAGGGCCAAAUUGUGAUGGCCAGACGACUGGGUCAGAGCAUCUCCAAAACUGCAGCUCUUGUGGGGUGUUCCCAGUCUGCAGUGGUCAGUACCUAUCAGAAGUGGUCCAAGGAAGGAAAAGAGGUGGAAAAGCAACAGGGUCAUGGGCGGCCAAGACCAAAUGACAAAAAAGUGAAUGCUUUCUGAUAAAAUGAUCUAGUGGAGUCCACGCCUCAACGGGUCAGGACUGUUUUGGUGACAAAUGGGGGACCCACACAAUAUUAGGCAGGUGGUCAUAAUGUUAUGGCUGAUCAGUGUAUGUCUGCCCUUCAUGAAUCCUGAAUACUACCUAUUAUCUCUUCUAAGCUUUUUUUCUGCAAUCAGCAGUCACCCUCGCAAUCCUGUAGCAAAUAUGUGCUAAUAUUGUUUUAAACCUGUAUGAAUUUCUUUUUUCUGAUAAACACAAAAGAAGAUAUUUUGAGAAAUGAUGGUAAACACACAGCAGUAAGUGACCAUUGACUUCCAUAGUAGGAAAAAAAUAUUUUAGAAGUAUUGUGAUAAAUGACUAAGAAAAUAUUUUGAUAAAUGAUGGUAAGCACACAGUUGACGGUACCCAUUAAAUUCCAUCAUAUUUUUUUAUUCCUACUAUAGAAGUAUAUGGUCACUUACUGCUGUGUGUUUACCAUAAUUUUUAAAAAAUAUCUUCUUUUGUGUUCAUCAGAAAAAAAAUCGAGUAAAUGAUGACAGAAUUUUCACUUUUGUGAACCCAUCUGCCCUAGGAAUGUAAGUAACUUCCAAGAAAAAAGUUUCAUCCUCAAUAUCCCUCUGCAUAAAUUGUUUACCUGAUAACACCUGAUAACAUUUUUUCAAAUGUUUUCAAAUAUGUUAUGUUCCUUACUUUACCUACUUUACCCACUUUUCCACUGUAUUCAAAUAAAAUUAAGUAACACUCUUUAAAAAGGACAGUUUAAGGUCCUUAUCAUUGAGGUACAGAUAUACAUUUGGUACCAAUAUGUAUAUCUGAGCGAGUGAUAGGAGAAACAAAGCUUUUUGAAGCUUCGAAUCAAUUGAACCAAAAUUGAUUCAGUUUUUCGAAGCGUUCGAAACACCACACACAUGGCGACACCUGCUGGUCAAAAUAGUGUAAAUGGGUGAUUCUCACGAAACCAUUGAAACACCACGGCACUAAUGAUUUUAGCUUUAAAAUGUGUAAUAUAGUAACAUUAAAAAGCAUCAGAAUUAACACAAUACUGUGUUCUACCUUGCACAAUGUGUGAUUUCAACAUAAGAAUUUAUAAUUGGAAAUUUUAUCUCAUUUUCUGCUGAAAUUCUCAUUACCGCAAUGUGUCCGGCUGUGUUUGAAAAUGCGUUAUGUUGUAAUUUAAUCAAAUUAACACAAAAAUAUUAAGGAAAAAAAUAAAUGGAUGUUUUGCUAGACUACUUUAGAUGACAGAAAAAAUAUUUACUGAAUAUUCAUGUAUAAUAAUAAUGAAAAAAAUUUUGGAAAAUGAUGUGUCCAUGCCUGAUGUUCUCAUCCUCCGCAACACUUUUUGAGAACAGUUUAAGCACACAUACAGAAUUUUAAUAAAGUUUGAUUUUGAGUGACCAAGCACAUGGACCAGUUACUUCAAGAUGGCUACCAGGUA